UCCUUCUAUCCACUAUCCACUAUCCACAUGUCUUGCUGCAUUAGAAGUUGCACCUCCCGACCAGAACAACUGGCUGUGAAACCUCUCUCCGCCCCCCUCCAGUCGGUCCGAUUAGGGAACCUUCCUGAUCCCUUAGGCUCAGCCCCAGGCAGCCAGGCAACAGCUCCCUCCCCUUUUUCCGGCCCAACACUUACUCCGGAAAGUCUCCGCCCGCCGCCGCCUGCGCGGGUUGUAUGAUUACUGCUUUGUCGUCGUAUCGGAGGUCCUGACCAUGAGAUCU